AUUGCUUAUCCUCACACCAGCACAGGCGGGGAUACAUAAAGCGGUGGGCUUGAGGUGUUGUUGUUGUUCUCCCAAGCAGCGGCGGAUAAGCUGCAGAGAACACCAAGCCGGCUCCACGACAAGGAAACACCGACCACCUACACCGACACCACCGACCACCAGCACACCUCCUCCACCAUGGCAACCCACGCCAACGAGAAGGACUCGGUCGAGCGCAUCGAGUCGAUCGACCCCAAGACGGCCAACCUGGCCACGCGCGACAUCCAGGGCGACGCGGCGUUCCACAAGGCCGUGAAUGAGGUUCCGCUCGACCCGUGGUCCAAGACGGCCUUCAAGCUCUACGGUGUGCUGUUCAUCGCCGCGCUCAACGCGACCGCAUCGGGCUUUGAUGGCUCCAUCUUCUCGUCCAUCAACGCAAUGGACCAGUGGCGCUCGUACCUCCACCUCCCCGAGCUGUCGAGCAGCACGGGUCUGAUUCUCAUGAUCUACACUGUCGGUGCGAUGAUCGGCUCCCUCUUCACCGGCCCGAUCUGCGACCAGUGGGGCCGCCGCGCGGGCAUGCAGGUCGGCGCGGUGCUCAUCAUGGUCGGCGCUGCGAUCCUCACGGCCGUGCAGUCGGAGAAGAUGUGCAUCGGCGGCCGUUUCGUUCUCGGCUGGGGCGUCGCGCUCGGCACUUCCGCCGCGCCGACUUAUGCUCUCGAGCUUGCUCCUCCACACUGGCGUGCGCGCAUUGUCGGCUUCUACAACACGUUCUUCUACGCCGGCAGCAUCCUCUCCACGGGCGUCGCGUACGCGUCCGCCAAGAUGAAGGGCCAGGUCGCCUUCCGCCUGCCCCUCGGCCUCCAGCUCGCGCCGCCCGCCAUCAUCCUCAUCGGCACGCUCUUCAUCCCCGAGUCGCCCCGCUGGCUCUGCUGGAAGGGCCGCCAGGAGGACGCGGCGCGCAUCCUCGCCGAGUACCACGGUAACGGCGACAUGCAGCACCCGAUCGUGCAGAUGGAGCUCAAGGAGUUUGAGGAGAGCAUCGAGCUCCAGAAGAGCGUCAAGUGGUACGACUACUCGUGCCUCUACCGCGACCACAACGCGCGCUGGCGUUUCCUCAUGGUGACGUUUAUGUCGUACUUUGCCCAGCUCUCCGGCAACUCGGUCCUCACGUACUACCUCCCGGCGAUGUACUCCCUCCUCGGCAUUACUUCGACCGACCGCCGCCUGCUCCUCACCUUUGCCAACUCGAUCGUGUCGUGCACUGGCGCUGUCAUCGGAUCCGCCACCAACGACCGCAUGGGCCGCCGCACGCGUCUCUGGAUCGGCUCGAUCAUGCUCGCCUCGCUCCUCGCCAUCGUCACGGCCAUUUCCUCCCAGUUCGCCACGCCAGCCCUCAAGGCGAAAGCCUCCCCCGCCCUCUCGAACGCCGGCGUCGCCUUCAUCUUCCUCUUCGGCGCGGCAUACUCGUUCACCUACACGCCCCUCACGGCGACGUACUGCGCCGAGACGCUCAAGACCGAGGGCCGCGCAAAGGGCAUGGGCAUCCACGUCAUCCAGUCCAACUCGGCCAACCUGUACAACACGUACGUGACGCAGAUCGCCUUCCGCAAGAUCGGCUGGAAGUAUUACUUGGUCUUCGUCAGUUUGAACGUGGUCUACGGCUUCGUGUGGUUCUUCUUCGGCGUCGAGACCCGCGGCCGCACCCUCGAGCAGCUCGAGGAGGUGUUCGACGCGCCCUUCCCGCCCCGCGCGUCCCUCCAGAAGGCGACCAUGGUCCAGCGGAACGGCCACCUCGAGAACCUCGAGGAUGCGUAAGCAAGCAGCAGAGAGUGGUGAUUGUAGGGGUUGGUUGGUUGGUUGGGUUGGUUAGUCGGGACGGGAUUGUAGGGCCAGUCAGUCUUGAGAAUCG